UCGAUGACUAAUAGUGUGAUAGUGAUACGGAGAAUCCCGAUCAGAAUAGUGCUGAUGACAUCACCAAUAAGAUUGAUUCGGAUGAAAUGGUUGUGGAGGAAGGCUUGGCCUUGGUCACAACUUCGACAUCCAGUUCGCUCCUAUCCAACGAUGAUAGCAUACUGAUGGAACGGUCCCAUGCAAUUCCAUAUGCCCUCAUCAAAGAGCAGUGGCAACUGGUACUGGACCAGGAAGAAAACGCCACCAUUCCUCAAAUGGAAACAGCUAUCCUGAAGUGCAAGGACCUAGUUCUACGGAGUAGGGACGAUUCCAUCGAGCGAAAGUGGUUGGUGCAUCUGAUUGAGCUGCGACAUCGCCUGCGGGAACUUCAGGACGUGGAUACCGAGGAUGCGGAGACACCGGAAACUAAGGUCAUCCUAGGGCAUCACUUUGUCACGCAGCGAAAUGGUUCUGCUAAGCGGAAGUUACACUGUGACCAUUGCGCCGGCAUUAUCUGGAACGUGGUCCAGGCGUUUUAUGUGUGUGCCGACUGUUCGUUUGUCGCUCAUCAUAAGUGCAUACCGAAUGUGAUAAGGAUUUGUGCUCACGUAAUCACGACCGAGCGGAACCUACCGAUCGAAUGCAUCUCGGAGAUUGGGUUGGCCUUUCAGAAGUACACCUGUGCCGAGUGCGGAACGCAGCUCAGCUAUAAUAUCUCCACGACAUUCGGUUGCUUCGGCGUAGAACUAAAAGCAGAAAAGCUCAACGCAACCGUGCCCCGCUUAUGUGACUACUCGGGGCUAUACUACUGCCCGGCCUGCCACUGGAACGACACCAGCAUCAUUCCGGCCCGGGUCAUGAACAACUGGGACUUUGUGCCGCGUAAGGUCGGCCGAGCAUCGCUGCAGCAGAUUCGACUCUUGUACGACCGGCCGCUCAUCAACCUGGAACAACGUAAUCCACGCUUGUUCCAGCUGGUGGCCCUCAAGCUGGGAGUGGUUAAAGGGAUGCGCCAAAAACUGACCCAAAUGCGACGGUAUCUGAUGGUUUGUCGGAUCGCUGAUGAGCUGCGGCUGGUUCGGGAAAACAUCGGAGACAGACGGCACCUGAUGCAGACCGUGGACAUGUACAGCGUGGCGGAUCUGGUCGGAGUGGAGAACGGGACGCUGCUGGACUUUCUGCGCAAGGUGCUCAUGGUCUUCGAGCGACACAUUAGGAAUUGUGUGAUUUGCUCGGGCAAAGCGUACAUCUGUGAAGUUUGCAACAAUGACGAGAUAUUGUUCCCAUUCGACGAGGUUGCCAUCGCCUGUACCCGCUGUAACUCGAUUUCGCACCGAUCAUGCCACGCUCGGAAAAACCGGAGUUGUCUCAAAUGUACGCGUCUUCGGAUUCGCGAGCAGCAGAUGCGUAACGAAAUCCUGGAUGCCGCCAACGGAAACUAGAGAUCUGUAAAUGUUCACUGCAUUGGACAUCACUGGAAACGCUUUCGAUACACCAGCAGUUUGCGCUUUUGGCCAUGUCACCUUUACCAAAGCUACUGAAUAGAAGCGUGCACGAAAUUGCUUUUGAAAUAUACUACACUGUACAAA